AUGUCAAGUCUAUCUGCAUUGUCUUAUGAAGUUAGAGAACUGACAGAUGCAUCAUCCUAUGAUGAAACUCAGAAAGUAAUGAAUGUAUUACCUUACAAUAAAGCUCAAGAACUAACAAAAAUAUAUGAAGUUCAGAAACAACUAAUAGCUAUGACUAAUUCAAAUGAAUCUGAAGGCAAUGAGUCAUCACUUACUACUGGUAGUAAGUCUUCAAAAAGUAAAGAUGAAUUAGUUGAAGAGUAUAGGUUUUGCAAUAAAAGUUUAAAAAUUCAAAAGAAUAAGUCAACAUCAAGUUUUAGAAGACAUCUUGCUGCUUAUCAUGAAAAUGAAGUACCAGAAUUGAGAAUGCCAAAUCAAGCACAUAAU